AUGCCACCCCCAUCUGAGCCUCGCCAGAUUAAAAGGCCCCGAUUAUCGCUGAGUUGCAUUGUCUGCCGCCGUCGCAAAGUUCGCUGCGGCCGCGAACACCCGGAAUGCGCCAACUGUGUCCGGAUGAAGGAGAAUUGUGUCUAUAAGACAAUGGUCCGCGAUGAGUUUACCGGCCGCGUACGCCAAGUAUCUCCUCCUCCUGUGCCUCAGGGUGAUAACCCCAAUGGACCGGAGUUUUGUGCCAACCGUUCGGAGGAGCGUACAGGAGGGUUUACUUGGUCGCACUGGAUGUCACAAGGCUCUGGCAAUGUAUUAAAUCUCAGCGAUGAGGCUCCCCUUCCGCGUCCGACCAUUUCUCCUGCUUCUGCUCCUCCUCCUCAGAGACGCUCUACCCAAGCCGAAUGCGACACUAGCUCUGUUCCUCAUCCCCACCAUUCUUCCACUAUACUCACUCCGGCGCCAUCAAGCCAUCCGCAGGUGGAUUUGGUAUAUCCGACAGUACCUUCCUGGGAAGAGGCCAUCCAGCUACCCGAUAACCAUCACGCAUCCUCUCGGGCAGGAACAAGCAGGACGUCGAGUGUCUCCCAGGAUGCCUCCCCAGCGGUCUCAGAAUCAGCCAGAGCGCCUUCUACAUCUACAAGUUACAGUGGUCUACUUAGUCCUGAUUAUCUGAGUGUACGACGGGGCGCACGUGUGCGGUAUAUUGGUCAAGCGUUUUGGGGCUUUGUGGCCGGGAAAGAAACCCUGGGCGAUGAUUUCUUCGACUGCAACCGUGAUGCCUCAACGGAACAGCCUCUGACACAUAUAUCCUCUUUGGGAAUGUUCAAUCUAUUGCGGUCCCUACCUACCAAGCCCGUGAGCGAUGCCCUCCUCGAUGCCUUCUUCUUCGCGGUGUGGCCGCUUUCUCCUCUGGUGCAUGGCCCGACUCUACGGGCGGACUACGAUAAUUUUUGGGAAUGGUGUCGCAACAGCGAUAGAGCGUUACCCCCAGAAAAGGUCCGCGAUGACCCAACUUUUCUCUGCCUUCUCUUUGCCAUCCUGUAUUGUGGCGCAUCCGCUGCACCACCGACCAGCUGGGCAUGCACCAAUCUGCAGAGCCUGCGGAAGGAAACGACCAUCAAGCACUUGAAGUCGGCCUAUACGACAAGUCUGUCUCUAUGCCAGCAUCUCGAACACCCGACAUUGAACACGCUAGUGUCUACAUUGCUGACUGCACCGUUCUUGGACAGCCAUGUUGCGCCGAUGCGCAAUGUGGUCUCCGUCAGCACAACAGUCCGCAUCGCCCAGAGUAUGGGAUUGCAUCGAGAAGGGAGUUGGUCAUCUUCAUUGAGCCAGGUAGAUCGGGAAAUUCGUCGCCGGGCCUGGUGGUACAUCAUUGGGCUUGACGUACAGUCCAGCAUCUCCACAGGCCUACCCCCAUGCUGUGCUACCGAGGCGCUAGAUAUCGUCAGCAUGAUAGCUGAUACACGCGAUGAAGAUAUCGGGGACCUUUCUAAUCAUCGUUCCCGGGAACCAGUCCCUCGUCCUUCGGAGCAGUCCUUAGCCGUGAUACUCGCCAUAGCGCGCUCUGAAACGGCGCGUCUGCAAUCAAAGAUCGUGUCGCGCCUGCAAAAUGGAAGACGUCUAGCUCAGACUGAACUUACUGAUCUUGUGACGUCGGCGAAAAAGCUGCAACAGAAGCUUGAUACCUUGAUUGCCCGUGUCCCUUCACAAGGGAUUCCUGAAAAAGGAUUUAUCCCCUCUCGCUUAGCCAAAGCAUCUCCAGUCACUCAUCCAGCACUUUAUAAGGAUGAUGGCACUCAUCCAACUGUUUUCUCCACUUGGACAAGAAUUAUGUUGGUCCUUCUCAAAUUCGAGGUAGCUGUUAUUCUACAAAAGCCAUUCUUACCUGCCCCGGACAGUGCAGAUCCGCAUUCAUGCAGGGCAUGGACCAGCUCUAUCAAACCCCUGCCUUCUCCCCCUACGUAUGGUUUUGUUACCGACACUACGGACCUCUUCAAUGAUUCAUUCGGAGCAACUCGUGCAGACAAUCCGGAAUCCGAUGAAGGCUCAACGGAGGACCGAAUACCCCUGGCUAUUCAGGUUCUUGUUGACCUCCACAACCGACUGCAAUCGCACCCGAGGUCUGAUAACCAAACGACUGACAGGUUGGAUGAAAAUGAAUAUCAGUUCUCCCCAUACUCCCUCGAACUUGGAAUUCAGGGUACUGAGGAGGACACAAUAGACAAGAGCAUCUUCUCCUUGCCGUCUUUGUCAUCUUCGUCAUCCAGAACCCACAUCCACCGCAAUCAAGAGGCCCCUUCUACGACUACUGCACCCCAAAUGCCUUCUGGCACCAAACAUGGACCACCGAGUAGCGUGUUUGUCGCAGACAGCGACGGUGGCUCGGACCUGGACAUUCUUGCCAGUCUCUCUGAUUUUGAGACGUGGUCAUCCUCGUUGGUUGUCGACCCAAGUGAUAUUCUGGCACACCCUACUUCGAUGGCACCACACCAUCCCGUGUGA